AUGUUUUCCCAGCAGCAGAAGCAGCCCUGUUCUCUACCUCCCCAGCAGCAAUGUGCCUCCCAAACCAAGGAGCCUUGCCACACCAAGGAACCACAGCCUUACCAUCCCCAGGUGCCACAGCCUUGCUAUCCCCAGGAGCCACAGCCUUACCAUCCCCAGGUGCCACAGCCUUGCCAUCCUCAGGUGCCACAGCCUUGUAUACCCACUGUUACUCCACCUGCUCAACAGAAAUGCCCACAGGUACCCAAGACCAUGCAGAUGUAA